CGGAUUUCGACAAUCUGAUUGGGUGAAGUGAUACGAGAUUCACCAAUCCCAUAUUCACUCCUUUGCUCUGCUGAUCCUCAGCCCAUGACUGGCUGCUACAUUAUCUAAAUUCAUACUGAAAUGGCAACCCGACUACGACCAGCAAGCAAGAAAUGCACAGUGAUUGGGGGCAGUGGAUUUCUGGGCCAGCACAUAGUAGAACGGCUGUUAGAGAAAGGAUAUACAGUCAAUGUUUUUGACAUCCGCCAAGGAUUUGAAAAUGAACGUGUGCAGUUUUUCAUAGGCGAUCUCUGUAGUAAGAAGGACUUGCUUCCUGCACUUCAAGGAGUUAAUGUGGUAUUCCACUGUGCCUCACCUGCACCAUUCAGUGAUAAUAAAGAAUUGUUCUAUAGAGUCAAUUUCACUGGAACUAGAACAAUUAUUGAAGUUUGCAAAGAAGUUGGUGUCCAGAAACUUGUGCUGACCAGCAGUGCCAGUGUAAUUUUUGAAGGAAAAGACAUAAAGAAUGGAUCUGAGACCCUGCCUUAUGCCAGCCAACCCAUUGAUUAUUAUACAGAGACCAAGAUUUUGCAAGAGAAGGAAGUUUUAGCUGCCAAUGAUCCUGAAAAUAACUUCUUAACUGUUGCUAUUCGGCCUCAUGGUAUAUUUGGCCCACGAGACCCACAGCUUGUUCCUAUACUUAUUGAGACGGCUAAAAGUGGUAAAAUGAAAUUUAUGAUUGGGAAUGGGAAGAACCUGGUUGAUUUUACAUAUGUUGAAAAUGUUGUUCAUGGCAUCAUUUUGGCAGCUGAGCACUUGCACAAAGAUGCACCAUUAUGUGGAAAGGCAUAUCACAUCACAAAUGACCAGCCUAUUCCAUUCUGGACUUUCUUAUCACGGAUCCUGGUUGGUUUAAACUAUGAAGCUCCAAAAUAUCGGAUUCCUUACUGGUUGGCAUACUACCUAGCAAUGUUUGUGUCUCUCCUCGUAUUUAUCAUUAGUCCAUUUAUCAAAAUCAAGCCAACCUUUACCCCAAUGAGGGUUGCUCUGGCUGGAACUUACCAUUAUUACAGCUGUGAGCGAGCCAAAAAAGACAUGGGCUACAAGCCAGUGGUUACCUUGGAUCAAGCAUUGGAGAGAACGAUACAAAGUUAUUCUCACCUAAGACAAGACGGCUGAAACGUGCCACUUAUCUCAGUAAAAUACAAUGUGGUGUUAAGUCACUAACUAAAAUACAUGUUAACAGUGCAUCUUUGAAAAUAGUCUGAUUCCUUACCAUUUUGGCUACCUGGCUGACACUAAACAUCAGCUGUGCAGAGCCACAGGAGUGAUUUUAGCUCUGCUGCACUUGAACGUAAUGUUUGUGUAACAAACAUUAUAGCAAUUAAAUUACAUGCUGUAAUGGAAAAUUUACCACAUUUUCCUUUAACUUGUCUCCAUACAAUGUAGAUGUAAAUGCAUUUUUUUGCUUUUAAAAAAAAAAUUCUCUGUUUUAAAUUAAAUAGAGGAUUAUAUCAUGGCUGUAUAAAUCAUUUUGGUAACUGAAUAAGCUACAAGGGAGGGUAAUUUUGCAGGUGUAAUAUACUAUAGUGGAUGAUUAAUGGAUCUGUUUCAUGAAUAGUUUUCAUAUGCUACAAAUAACUAACUUAUGCCAUUAUUCACAGAUUUAUCCUGCUUUAACAAAGUCAUUCCAACAUGAUUUUCAGUGUCCACUUGCAUAACACUAUGAGCUAUUUGCAGCAGUAAAUAAUGUGUUUUUGAGUAAACAGGCAAAACAUUUUUUUUAUCUCAAUACCUGUAAUAAAAAUACCUGUGCCAUUUAUAUUUACUAAUCAUCUACAGUUUUAAUGCAUAUUUAUAGAUAUGGCAUUAUCCUUAAUACAUAUUUAUAUAAGCAAA